AGCGGACGCUGAUUUCGGGCAGGUAAUAAAAAUGAAAGUCGAGGGCGAGGCGGCGGCGAAAAAAUGUGUGCAGAGGUUUGAAGUUACAGACUGGAUUUGUGACGUGGUUUUUACAGCACCGGAGCGGGACAGAGAAGCAAACAGUGAGCAGUAAAAUGCGCCGCAGCACUGGGGUCGUUUCGUGUUUCGGAGCGACCUUUUGACUGUUGUCCCGAGAGAUAAGUGUCCGGCUGAAUGUGCCCUUGUUUUUGCUCCCCCUUUUUUUUUAUGAGUUCAUGAGCUAGACGAGAUGACUAAUCAUCUGGAGCUUGAGGAAUGAUUGGACUGUGAAGGGUUGUACACCUCCUUGAAUGAACGGGCAUUUCGCUUUUAGGAUACCAAAAGGAAAACUUUAGCAUUCACUCACGGGAUGUGUGUUCAAUGACACUUGGGUUUUUUCUGAAUCUCUGAAUGCUUUGGAAUAUUUCACUUGAAGAUUUUUCCUGUUACCCUGGUGUGGAUUAGGCUUCUUCUUCUUUUUUUUUUUUAAACGUAUUUAUUGCUGAACUGGCCGCUAUCUGACAGUUUAAACAUGGCACUUUAUGUAGAGGGUUUGUGUAGGGGAGCACCCACCAAAGGUAUGGCUCAGUUCCAGGAAAUGAUGCGGCAGCAGCUGGAGAGCUCCAUGCACGCCGAGCUGGAGAAACUUCUGGGCUCCGCGGGGGCCGAGAAAGAGGUUUCCAAGAAGGACUUUGAGGGCUUCAAGAACCUCUACCACAGAUUCCUGCAGGUGAAGGGGCCAUCGGUGGAGUGGAUCAAGAUCCAAAGACCUCCGGAAGACUCUAUCCAGCCCUAUGAUAAGAUCGCGGCCCGCGGGCUGCCGGACAGCGUGGCCGACAGCCUGAACAAGCUGGUGGUGGUGAAGCUGAACGGGGGUCUGGGCACCAGCAUGGGCUGCAAGGGCCCCAAGAGCCUGAUCAGCGUCCGCAACGAGAACACCUUCCUGGACCUCACAGUGAAGCAGAUAGAGCACCUGAACAAGACGUACAACACCGACGUCCCCCUGGUCCUCAUGAAUUCCUUCAACACAGACGAAGACACCAAGAAGAUCCUGCAGAAGUACACGCACCACCGGGUCAAGAUCCACACCUUCAACCAGAGCAGGUACCCUCGCGUGAACAAGGAGUCCCUCCUGCCGGUGGCCACCAACCUGAGCAUGGCGGGGCCCAACGCGGAGGCCUGGUACCCCCCCGGCCACGGCGACGUCUACGCCAGCUUCUCCAACUCGGGGCUGCUGGACCAGCUGAUCGCGCAGGGCAAGGAGUACAUCUUCGUGUCCAACAUCGACAACCUGGGCGCCACGGUGGACCUGCACAUCCUGCACCACCUGGUGAGCCAGCCCAACGGCCGCCGCUGCGAGUUCGUCAUGGAGGUCACCGACAAGACGCGCGCCGACGUCAAGGGAGGCACGCUGAUCCAGUACGAGGGGAAGCUGCGUCUGCUGGAGAUCGCCCAGGUGCCCAAAGCCCACGUGGACGAGUUCAAGUCGGUGUCCAAGUUCAAGAUCUUCAACACCAACAACCUGUGGAUCUCCCUGGCCGCCAUGAAGAGGCUGCAGGAGCAGGAGACCAUGGACCUGGAGAUCAUCGUCAACCCCAAGGCAGGAAACACCCCCCCACACACACAAACACACACACAGUCACACCAAACGCUGGACGGGGGUCUGAACGUCAUCCAGCUGGAGACGGCGGUGGGCGCCGCCAUCAAGUGCUUCGACAACGCCCUGGGGAUCAACGUGCCCCGCAGCCGCUUCCUGCCCGUCAAGACCACGUCGGACCUGCUGCUGGUCAUGUCCAACCUGUACAGCCUGGAGGCCGGCUCGCUCACCAUGAGCCCCCGCAGGGAGUUCCCCUCCACGCCGCACGUCAAGCUGGGCAGCUCCUUCACCAAGGUCCAGGAGUACCUGACCCGGUUCGAGAGCAUCCCGGACAUGCUGGACCUCGACCACCUGACCGUCUCCGGGGACGUCACCUUUGGCAAGAACGUGUCGCUCAAGGGCACCGUCAUCAUCAUCGCCAACCACGGAGACCGGAUCGAUAUUCCGGCUGGCUCCAUGCUGGAAAACAAGAUUGUGUCCGGAAACCUCCGCAUCCUGGACCAUUGAGGGGGUACCCGCCCCCACCCCGGUCAUGUGACCCCCUCCCUUUCCUCGCUGACGCCAGCAGAUUGAUUGGAGGUGACUGUUCCCCUUAGGGCCGGAGCCAAAGCAGCCCCCGCUGAGUGGGAGCCGGGAUCUGGCGCCCCCUGCUGGCACACACGCCCCCUUUCAGAAUAUUCACCAUUAGCUCUUCAUCGCUGCCAUUUAAAAAAUACUAGGAAAGAAAUCUGAGAAAAAAAACAUUUUUUGCCUUUUUUCUCUCUCCGUAGAUUUGAUUUGUUUUCUCUUUUUUUUUCUUUAGCUGUAGAAUCCAACCUCUAAAGUAGAUUUCAGAUGGACGGGAAACGCAGAGGUAAAGCUAUUGAGAAGUUUUCACCAUUUACUGAAAGCACAAAGACGUCACCCCAGGAUUCAGUUCUCACCUCUGCCUGGAGAAACCCGCCCAGUGACCAGAGGAGUCAUUUAGUAGAGGCAGAAUACUUAAAGCAUGCAGCCCUUUCUUCAUUUUUCUGUUUGUCUCACAACA